UCAAACAGAUCUGCAACAGAGACAUCGACUCUACUAAGAUCAGUAAUGGCAAGAUACGAAGAAUCCAACACCCUGAGCUGGGGAGAUAUGAUGAACUCUGAGGAUUUGCAGGCUGAGGAGCAAAUAAUCACAAUGGAAUGGACCAACAGUGACAAUAGCUGCCAGCAAGAUCAGAGCAGCCAAUGCCCCACUCAGCCACCAGCAAGAACCCCUAACCAAAGGGGGGAUGAAGGCCCCUGUGGUAACCAACACCACCACCAGGCCCCUGACCAAAGAGGGGAAGAAGGCCACUGGGUUAAGCAACACCACCAAAGGGCCCCUUAUCAAAGGGGCUGAGGAGGCCACCAACACCAGGCCCCCUACUAUCAAGGGAACCCGAGACGCCCUCCACGAUGGCAAGUGGAAGCGAGUCUGAUAAGCCAAAUUGAGGAAUUGAACUCACAUCUUCAACAGGAGUAUGAGAUGCGGAAAUCAGUACAAGAAGAACUGAAUACCAGCAAGACCGAAGUGGCUUUUCUGCAGAAAAGGGUGAAGGAAGAUCGCAAUGGGUGGCUGGGCUGUGAGAAAGACAGAAGGCAGCUCAGAGAACAGCUCAAGCACCUGAACCCUAAGUGCAGCCCUCCCCAGGACAUGUCCUACUACUCCCUGAAGCCGAAAGAGGAGCUCAUCGAAGUCAUCGCUGCUCAAAAAAUACAACUUUCAGAGACAGUAUCAAGUGGUCCAAAGCCACACAACUCCAACACUGAUCCUGAUCCAGACAACAUACAAGAGCUCCAGGGUGUCAUCUCAUCCCUUCAACACCAGCUCCAGGCUGAAAGGACAAGGGCUGAAAACCUGUAUAAAGAACGUGAGGAGUUCAGAUAUGUGCUUUUGGAUAUUGCAAGCCAAGACGUGAAGCAGGUGGAGAAGCUGGAAAAAGACAAGCGAUCCCUGGAGCAGGAGGUGAAGGUUUUACAGGAGAAGGUGUUAGGACAAGGACCAGAGGAGGAAUCAAAGGAUGCUGCUAACAUCAAAGAACUCCUGGAUCUGGUUUUUUCCCAGAAUGAUCAGCUGCAGACUGAGACGUUGAGGGCAGACAGACUCCAGGCUGAUCUGGAGGAAGUCAGACAUCAACUUCAGGCAAAAGCCAACACUGAACUGAAGCUGACCACCCAAAAUGAGACCCUGAAGCAGGAGAUCGAGAACCUGCAGAAAGAGGCCCUCAACAAAGAGGUGAUAAUUGGAGAGCAGCAGGAAAAAAAGACAAAUCAGCUGCAAGAAAUGUCCAGCAGCUGCCUUGAGCUGGCCUCCAAAUUAAAACACCAAGAAGAGGUCAGUCAGGCUCCCUCACUUCCAAUGGACAUCACUCAGGAAGACACAGAGGAAGACAUCCAGGAAGACACUCAGGACACGGACCAAGAAACAUCUGGGACGACACCUGAGAUGGUCCAGGAAUCUUCUGAGAUGGAGAGGGUCUCUUUGUGGAGGAGAUUCAAGAAGUGUCUCACUCCUAAUAGCCGCCGCCAGUACAAGCAGCAGAGGUGGCAGAGCCAAGACCAUCAGAGACAACACACACCAGGACUUUAACAUACUCUUCUGUGUUUGCGUGGGUUU